CAAUAAAGAUGAAAAGUAAUCAACGGAGCCUUUUAUCCUUCUCUUGAGUUAAUCGUGAACGGGAUAUUUAAGUUUAGUUCGCACAAUGCUGUUGAACUGUAAGCACAGCUGAUAAAAAUAUGCACGUUUAUUCGACUCUAUGCAGCUAGGCUAGAUAUUUCGGAUUGUGUCGAAUGUUCAAGUACAAAAGGUUUGGCUACCGCCAUACAUAUCUGAAUACACAAAACGUGAAAGGUUUUCUACGAGGUCGACGGCUGAGAACACACAGGGAUAGGUGUGCUCCACACAUUACCCAGCUCUCCACGGUUUCAUAACUCAAGACAAACCACGAUGCAGAUACUGCUGUACACCCUGGUCUCCUUCCUCCUCUCAAUAACACAGCUAGCUUCUGGACAGGAAGUUGACACCACGCAUGGCAAAGUUGUUGGUCUCAGAUCUACUGUCCUUGGCAAGACCAUCCACACGUAUUACGGUAUUCCGUAUGCCAGACCACCCAUAGGUGAUCUCAGGUUCAAGUACCCACAACCAAUGGAUUCUUGGAGCCCGGAAGUCAAGGAAGCACGUUCAAUGAAACCAUCUUGCCUUCAAACAGUUCAACCUUCACCUGGAAUGCCCUGGAGAGCAGUUCCGUCCAACUUCAGUGAAGAUUGUCUCUACAUCAAUGUAUGGGCACCAGCUAAUGUCACAACUAGUAGGAAACUUACAACCAUGGUCUGGAUCUUUGGCGGGGGAUAUCAGAGCGGAUCUAUGAACACGCCUUUGUAUCAUGGUCAGUAUCUUGCUGCUGAAAACAACGUCAUCGUAAUGUCCAUGAACUAUCGUUUAGGAGCUCUUGGAUUUCUAUAUCUUGGACCUGACACGUUUCCUGGUAACCAAGGUCUCAUGGAUCAGGCUCUUGCUCUGCAGUGGAUUCAGAACAAUGUUGGAAGAUUCGGUGGAGAUGCAAGCAUGAUCACCUUAUUUGGAGAAAGUGCAGGUGCAGCCUCGGUUGGUCUCCAUUUGUUAUCGCCCAUAUCACGCAACUUCUUCACGCGUGCCAUUCUUCAAAGUGGUGCCCCAGAUGCACCGUGGGGAUUUACUACAGCACCAAAGGCUAUGGGCAGCACUAGAAGACUUGCAGAGCUGUCGAACUGUAGUGCAUAUUCCCAUGCUGACAUUUUCCAAUGCAUCCGAGUUCUACCACCAGAAACGGUAAUACAAACUCAAGCACUCGUUCCUAUUGAUGGUUCUGCACAAUUCAGUCCAGUCGUGGAUGGUCAUUUCUUACCCGAUUCUCCAGCAUCACUCAUUGAAAAAGGACAAAUGAAGCAAGUGGAAAUCCUUCUGGGGGUGAACAAAAAUGAAGGCGUCGGAAUGCUCAUGGGGAUUUUGCCUACAAUAUUUACUCCAUUUACAGAUCAACUUAAUGUCAACAGAACACAAUUCCUAACGACUGUAAAAGCCCUAACCAGUGUGCAGCCGUCUGCCAUUUUCAAAGCUAUUUCCGCUCAGUAUGCUGAUAUCUACGUCCCUUCUUUACAUCCAAACUACCUGGACAGUGCUGACGGCGUCCUAGGAGACAAUUUCUUUAAGUGUCCAGCUACCAAACUAGCUGCUUCACAUUCUGCAAAUAACAAUGUUUACUUGUAUUCCUUUGAGUAUAGGAUCCCAUCGUUGCCACUACCACAAUGGAUGGGAGUUGCUCAUACGUUCGAGAUAGAAUCGGUGUUUGGACAUCCUCUCGGGGAUGCGUUUACUUCGACAGAUGUGGAUAAGUCAAUAAGUCGGAGCAUGAUGACUUACUGGACGAAUUUUGCUAAAACUGGAAACCCCAACCUUCCGAAAACACCAAACUACCAAUGGCCUACGUACAACUGGAUGGAUGAACGUUUCCUUGUCUUCUCCUCGUCCGGACUGUCCACAGAGCAGGGCAUGAGAAAGCAGCAGUGUGUGUUUUGGAACACUCUCAUGCCGUUGAUUCAAAAGACCCAAGACACAUCUACAGGCACUACAACAACUGAGGUUAACAGAUGUCACACCAGUGGAAGCAGGAUGUCAUUUACUGUGAACACGUGUCUCAUUGCUGUACUUGCAGCAUUAGUGAGUGUGUAAACAUGGAGCGAUAUCCACAAUGUAUUCACUGAAAAAUCACAAAACAAUUUCCGAGAAGCGAGGCUCGUGUUACAUAUCAUGGGAUAACACAAAGCUUUUUGGGGUUACUUUUGGCUUCCGAGAGAAAAAUCCAAUUGAAAACUGUUGAAUAGAUGCAGAAUCGAUUAGAUUUAUCGAUUACUGCCUCUUUUAAAUCCUGAAUUCAAUUGCCAUUUCUUCAUUUUGUACAGCUUAUUGGCCAUUAUAUUUAUACGCGUUUUGCACGUAGCCUCUUUUAUUGUAAACAUCUAGCUUUUGUCAUCUAAACAUUAUAUUUACAUACCUAUUUCUCGUAGCCGCUUUCAUGUGUGAUUUGCUCUGUACCAUUGUGUACAUUUAUAGGACAACCUAUUUCAGUUAAGUUUACAUGCAUAUACGUCGGUAUGAUUUGUAAUGCCUAUGUACGUCAGUGGCAUAGGGAUGUGUUAUGACUAUUUAGAUUUGAAUCCCUAACACAAUCACUAAAAAUCAAUUUGUUGUACACUA